AUGGAUCCUGCUUGCAGCAGUGGUGCACUCUUCGGGCUCAUCCGUGCACGUGGAUUCAAGAUGUAUCUCCAGUACUACAUCAACGAGAAGGGGGACAAGGUUUACACCACCAAGAAGGAGUCGCCUCUUGGGGUACCGACGCAGUCUGCUCACCCGGCUCGCUUCUCACCAGAUGACAAGUACUCUCGCCAGCGGUAUCUGUUGAAGAAGAGAUUUGCACUUCUGCCAACCCAGAAGCCAGCACUGAAGUACUAA